AUGGUUAACGGAAAAGUUUUCUCCUCCUUUAGUGUGCUCGUAUCUUUUAUUCUUUUCAACGGCGGGAUAAUUAAUGAGAGUUACGCUGCUGGUCCUAUUCCUAUUCUCAAUCCUACAUUUAAAUACUUCUUGGAAAAUUACCCUGAUGACACUCUGGAUUUCUCUGUACUUGGAGAUUGGGGAUUUCCUGGACAAAACCAAACCAAAGUUGCUAAUGCUUUGAAGGUAACCACCGAAAGAUUCAACUCCAAAUUUAUCAUAAAUGUUGGUGACAGUUUCUAUGUUGGUGGACCCUACACCUAUGAUGGAGUGAGCAAUUCAUCAGACCCGAAAUUCAAUACCAUUUGGAAAGCUACUUAUACCGGUGCAUUAGCCAACAUUCCAUGGUAUAGUGUGGCUGGCAAUCACGAAUGGUAUAAUAACGUAACUGCCGAAGUCGAUUACAGUCUCACCAAAGAUGCACGAUUCUUCUUGCCCGCAUUAUACUAUACUCGUGUAUCACUUGUAGGCCCUAAUAAAGCGAAAAUAGCCUGGAUUCACAUUGACACGGAUCCAUUUUACUAUACCGAUCUCGUUUCAUUGAAACAGUCACAACCAGCAAUGUACAAUUCUCUUGUUCAACAAGGAUGGGAUAAAAAUGAUAAUGUUGAGAAAUUACUCGGCUGGAUCGAAACCGAACUUAUCGCACAUCAAGACUCAAGAUGGAUUUUCGUAGUUGGUCACCACCCUUUGGUGGCCAGCUGCAAAAAUACCGGAAACAUGACUCGUCUUUCGGCUCUUUUUGAAAAUUAUCAUGUGUCAGCUUAUUUCUCCGGUCAUGCUCACACAUUAGAAUACCAAGCACCUUCUGCUUCUGAGCCGGUCUCGUAUUUCAUUUCGGGGUCUGGAAGUAAAUUAGGAGAUACAUGUGAUGGUCGCACUUGGGGAGAUCUUACCCCAGGUUUCUUGCAUAUUUCUUUAACAGCAAGCAACAAAACAGCAAAUUUCCAAUAUAUUGAUGCAUCUGACACAACUAAAACUGGUGGUUCUGUUGUUUAUUCAGGAUCUAUUCCACCUCGUAAUCUCCCCUUUUAA